GCGCCCGGCCCAGGCCUGUGCUUCGCUCCUUGUUGGCUUCUGUGGGGGGACUGCGGCCCCGGCUGCUUCCAUGGGUGGAAGUCGCGUGGGAAAGAGGUUCUGCGCCUGUGCCCGCUCUUGGAGCGCCCCCCGAGCUUGUCUUUACUCGGAAGCCGCCCCUGUGAGCGGGGAGAAGCUUAACUUUCCAGUAUGAAGAGAAGCAGUUAGUCCACAACUAUUGGUGCUUUGUUGUUGUGUCUGAGAUAUGAAAAUAUGUUCAUACUUUCACUGUGUUAGCCACUGUGAAACGGAUAUCACCUAGGAAAGACGGUGGUUAUGUGCUGAAGUCAGAAAACUCUGGGAAGAUGGCGAUCUUUUUAUAUCUUCUGACUUGGAGUUUAAUCUUAAAACUGACACAUGGGAAUAGCUUAUUUACGUGUGAACCUAUAACUAUUCCAAGAUGUUCUGGAAUGGCCUAUAAUAUGACAUUUUUCCCAAAUAUAAUGGAUCAUUAUGAUCAGGACACUGCAGAUAAACACAUGACGCCAUUUGCUCCUCUUUUGAAGAUUCCAUGCUCUCCUGAUGUCCACACGUUUUUAUGCAAAGCAUUUGUACCUUCCUGCGUGGGAAAAAAUCACGUGUUUUACCCAUGUCGAAGUCUUUGUGAAAGAGUUUACUCAGACUGUAAAGAACUAAUAGACACUUUUGGAAUUAUGUGGCCCAAGGAACUCGAAUGUGACAGAUUGGAAGAUUGUGAUGAAACUGCUCCUGUCACUGCUUUUCCAGCCCUGAGGACACCUGAGACUCGGAAGACUCCAGGACAGCCUAGAAGGGAUUAUGGAUUUUGGUGUCCACGACACCUGCAGACUUCCAAUGGACAAGGCUACAAGUUUUUGGGAAUUGAUCAGUGUGCACCUCCGUGUCCCAAUAUGUACUUCAGUGAUCAUGAGCUAGAUGUUGCCAAAAGCUUCAUUGGGAUAGUUUCAAUUUUUUGCCUUUGUGCCACUCUGUUCACAUUCCUAACAUUUUUGAUUGAUGUUAAACGGUUCAGGUAUCCAGAGCGGCCAAUCAUAUAUUAUUCUGUUUGUUGCAGCAUAGUGUCUUUGGUAUAUUUCCUUGGUUUUGUCCUAGGUAAUCGAAUGGCCUGCAAUAAGGGAGAUGAAAAAUUACGACUAGGUGACAUGGUAGUUCUUGGUUCUCAGAACAAAGGCUGCACAAUUAUUUUUAUGGCUUUGUAUUUCUUCACCAUGGCAGGCACUGUUUGGUGGGUGAUCCUCACAGUUACUUGGUUCCUAGCUGCUGGACGAAAAUGGAGUUGUGAAGCUAUUGAACAAAAAGCAAUGUGGUUUCAUGCAAUUGCCUGGGGCAUGCCUGGCUUUCUCACUGUUAUGCUUCUUGCCAUGAACAAAGUAGAAGGUGACAAUAUCAGUGGUGUUUGUUUUGUUGGUCUCUAUGACUUGGAUGCAUCCCGAUACUUUGUCCUGCUGCCUCUGUGCCUUUGUGUCAUUGUUGGUCUGUCUCUCCUCUUAGCUGGCAUAAUUUCCCUAAAUCAUGUACGGCAAGUCAUACAGAAUGAUGGCAGGAAUCAAGAAAAACUAAAGAAAUUCAUGAUUAGAAUUGGUGUCUUCAGUGGCUUAUAUCUUGUACCGCUAGUGAUGCUCUUAGGAUGUUACAUCUAUGAGCAAGUGUACAGGAAGAUCUGGGAAACUACAUGGGUUGCUGAUCACUGUGAUGAAUUCCAUAUACCCUGUCCUUAUCAGGUGACGGUAUUAAAAAGGCCAGAAAUGAUUUUGUUUCUGAUUAAAUAUUUGAUGACCUUAAUUGUUGGCAUAUCUCCGGUAUUCUGGGUUGGAAGUAAAAAGACCUGUUCUGAAUGGGCAAGUUUCUUCAACAGAAAUCGCAAAAGAGAUCCUAUAAGUGAAAGCAGGAGAGUGUUGCAAGAGUCGUGUGAAUUUUUCUUAAAGCACAAUUCUAAAGCUAAGCAUAAGAAGAAGCACUACAAAUCCAGCUCUCAUAAACUGAAGGUGAUCUCAAAAUCUAUGGGGACUAGUACAGGGGUCACAACCAAUCAUGGAACUUCUGCCAUGGCAAUUGGAAACCAUGAUUAUUUAAGCCAAGAGACUUUCACUGAAAUCAAGAGCUGCCCAGAAACAUCUGGGAGAGAAAUGGAAGCAGAUGGAGUGCUCAGCCAAAAAGGGGAGAAGGAAGGACGUGCCUGCAGUGAACAGAGUGCAUUGCAAAUGUCAUCUGGCUCUAGAGUGGCUUUGGAGCCGAUGGAAAAGAGAAGGAAGACAGACAACACACAAGAUAUGAUUAGCGUAUCUGAAAGCAUGAAGAGGAUGACUGAAGGAAGGACAACUCCUAAAAAAGAUGUUAUUGAAAAUCUUCCUCUCCAAGUCAGUCAUCCACACCUUGAUGUUUCCCAGCCAGAGACUACCAAGGGGUCAGUCUUGCUACUUCCUCACUCAUCUUCUGAUUCCAGAAAAGUUCCAGAGUCUGGUAACAGUUCAGAUGGUUAAAAGAAAAUGAAAGUGCUAUGGGGAUACUUUCAGUUUCUGAAAUGGAUUCUGUGUUACACUGGAAAUGACUGCAUUGUGCCUUAAGAGGAAGCAUGAUGCUCUUGUUUGCACUUCAGGAAAAGUAAAAUUUGUAUUGUGAGGAUGCUCAGCAAUAAUUUUCUAUUUAAAUUCUAAAAGUGAGUAGUAAGCUUAAGACAAAAGAUGAGCAACAGGUAUGUUACCACUUUUUAAGUAUUAUGUCAAAUUCUAUUAAAGUAAUGAGGGGAAGGGUUCAAUAUUUUGAAAAGUAUGGGCAAAAGUUAUUUGUUUCAGCUUCUCUGAUAGCAAUAGCAAUAUUUUUACUAUUUGGUUUUUAUUAUAAACUGCUUUGUUGCACAGGACAAAAACUUUGGUUUUAGAAGUGAGCAUUGUGUGGUGUGACAAAGUAAUGGGACUUGCCGUAUGCAAACAACAUCUGCUGACGGGUGAUCUUCUGCCGACUUUUCAGUCUUCCUUGUCAAACAUCGCAGCUUACUUGUGAGGGGAUCUGUAGUCCUUUCUUGUUACUUAAUAAGGCUGCUGAUCAUUUGCACCAACCUUGGUUAGUCUUUUUGGCACAAAGACCACUGGGAUGUUGCUGAGAAAGAUGCCCUCCUUCUGCACCCACCAGAAUUGUACAGCUGUCUUUAUAUACUACAGCUAUAUUGCACCAGGGACAUUGGGCAUCAUUGGUGCAGAUGUUUCUGUCAAGUGUUUGAGUUGGGUCUCAGCUGUGAUGUCAUUUCUGGGAGAACUUUUCAAAGCCUUUGUGGAAUGCUCAUGUGUUUCUGGGACAUUAGUGGUAGUCUACACACUGAAACAGAAAGGGAUUUUGGAAUUAGACAACGGUUUGAAGUAGCUAUUUUCAUACAACUGUUAGGGUAGAACUGCUGUUUCUCUUGCACUACAGAAGGUAGUAUAUACCUACUAAGAUGCUAGCAUAUACCUCAGCUUGCUUGCUUUCUUUUUCUUUGUUUUUCUCUCUCUCUCUCUUUCUCUUUCUCUCUUUCUCUUUCUCUCUUAUUUUUGCAAGAAUUAUAUCUUGGGAUGGAGGAGGGAAGAAAAGCAAAUAAACUGCUGUUCAGCAGUUAAGAACAAUAAUGUAUGCACUUAGUUCCAGCACUGGCAUUUCCAUUCAGGUACCUUCAGAUUUGAUGCUUGAACACAACCUAUUGAUAACUUUCAUUUUUAAGGUCAUUUAUUUUGCAUAAAUGGGGCAUUGCAGUCCACUCUUCCUUUUUCUUGCUGUCCUCUUUUUAUCCAGACAUGGAAUAUACCUUUGAUAGACAAUAUACUGUCAGAUGUUCUUGCUAUAUGGAAACUAAUUUCUUUGGUUUUGACUAAAAACUAUCUCAGCUUUCAUUUUUAAAGCAGUAUUUUAUUAUGGAUGCAGGAUUCUGAGUCUGUCUUUAAAGUGGGAGAUAAAUAUGUGGUUUGUCAGAGAUCAUGCAGUCCUGAUUUUCCAUUUUAUUAACUUCAGGUCUCAUUAUUUCACUUGAUUUCAAAUAUUUGGGCCCUAUGAAUACUUUGUUUCUUUUGAAAUACAUAUAGAUGAAAUAAGGGUCUUCCUCCAUUUUAUUCUGCUAGUAGGAUAUGAAGAUCAGCUGAAUUUAUCCUAGUUAUAGAUUUGGAUUUUUCAGUUUCAUAUUCCAGUAGUGUAGAACAAUCUGUGUUACAUAAAAGAUCACUCUAGAAAGAAAAAAGUCCUUCAGAGGGUGGAUGUGUACACAACCUUUAAUGAGCUCAGUUUGGUUACAGUUGGUGGGUGGGCUCCAACUAGCUUUUCCACAGGUGUAAAAGGAGCACGGUGGGUUCCCUUUGACCAUCAAGAAAAGUUCAUCAUCUGUCUUCUUGUCCAGCCCCACAUUGAGACUGCACCUGCACAGGCUGGCCACAGACCUUUUCUUUCUAGCUUAAAAACUCCAAAGAGGGGGUGCCCAACUCCUUAUGGAGCCAGAGCAUGUGUGGGAUUCCCCACCCAAUGCAUCAUGUACUCCCAGCAAUGGGUGUCCCUUCUGUUAGUUCAUUUUCACCACCGUGAGGAUAGGAAGCUCACUGGAGUUUUUAAGCUAGAAAGAAAAUGUCCCCGUCCAGCCUGCACAGGCUGCACAGUCCCAAUUUGUGUCUGUAGAGAAGGUGUCAUUUAACAACAGUUACAGGUAAGUGCAACUCUGUCUUAUGCUGGUGAUUGUGAACAAAAGGCAUGUAGGAUGGGGGCUGUAGUCGAAAGAAACAGCUGAUUGAAAAAUUUCCAAUCCACUAAGUCCAGCGGUUCCAUGUGGUUUCUUUAGUGGCCUAGUAGGUAGUUAAAUAAAUUAUGCCUGACUUUACGGUUAAGUCCAAAGUUCACUUCUAUCAUGAGUUACUGGAUUCUCAAUGUGGAGUCUCUUUAAGAAUGUGGAAUCUCAAGCUCAUCUCCUUUAUAUUCAGUUGGGAUGCAGCUUGUCUGAACAUUGUUCAUAUUCUGGGUCAAUAGCUUUAUUCGAUGCAGUCCUGGAGCAUAGGGCCAGUAUCCUCUUAUUUAGGAAAAGUGAGUAUAUGCUCAAUACAGAUGAAGAAAUUGCUCAGGGCACAUUAGUGAAAUCAGAACUGGUAGUAAAGCUGGAUUAUGUUGUCUUUUAUGUGGACAGUUGUGUUGGGUGGUUACAACUAACUGAGAUUGGGGAUGCUGGUAUACCCCCUCUGGUUUGGCUCAUCUUCUGAUUGCCAGUAGUGAUCAGGGAGCUGGUAGUUCUAAGGGCUGUUCACUAUUUGUGCCAGUUGGGAGAGAAAAGUAGCUAAAAAAAAGUCCUUCCUACUUGGAACGAGCAGAUGACAAGCUUGCAGGCAGGGAGAUAAAAUGCUAAGAAGAUCCUUUGCCUCCACUCCAAAGCUGUGGUGAAGGGAAGCCAUAGAAUUAUAGAGUUAGAAGGGGUGCACAUGCCAUCUAGUCUAACUCCCUGGUCAAUGCAAUAUUAGCAUAAAGAAGCCCCUGUCUUGUUGCACAGUUUAACCUUCCUUUAUUGUUACAGGAGGUAACAUCUUCAUUUUGGCUCAGAUGUUACCUGGGGCAAGAUUUCUUAGAUGACACAAGCAGCAUUUUUCAGCUUGGGUGCAUCCUAGGCUAGUCCAUUUUCCCCUUCAGGCACUGUUUGGUGUCAGAAUGAUGAAGUUUCUAUCUUAGCAGCCGCUAUCCACAAGAGGCUUGGGGCAGGGGGGAGAUCGAGCUGAUACAUGCCAAAGUGGAAACCAUUGGUCCAGCAGUGCCUUGAAAAUGGAGUAUGCCAUCAAUGUUUCUCUCCUUGUGCCCUGACUUGGAUAGCCCAUGCAAACCUGAUCUCAUCGGAUCUCGGAAGCUAAGCAGGGUCAACUCUGGCAAGUACUUAGAUGGGAGACUUCCAUGAAAUACUAGUAGUUGGGAGGAUAGGGGUAGGCUUUAUUCAGCCACCUCCCUGAAUAGCCUCCAGACCCCCAGAAGAGGUCAGUCACCAGAAGACAUCAUGACUUCCAGGGGCAGACAUGCACACAUAAAAUAUAAAAAUACCAAAUAAAUAAACAUUUAUCUCCUUGCUUGCAGGCUUUUCUCUGUUUCCACAGAAACUGGGACAUGGCUGGAUCAGAAGCUGGCUCCCAGCUGAUUUCCCUAUCAGCUGGGAGUCAGCUUUUGGUUCUCCCCAAAACUUUACUAUGUUCGGAUAAAGUGAAGUGCUGGAAUAUCAGAACCUGACUCCCAUCUGAUCCUCUUGAUUAGUGAAGAGUCACCUUUUGACCAACAGAGCAACUGGAAACAUGUUUAGCAGCUGUUUGAACUAUUUGCUGCAAGGUGAACAUAACCUUGAUCAGCUAAUGCUUUGAUCAUGAGUGCUGCUGAACAAAGUGUCUUUGACUGCUGAGCAGGUUCCCUGCAAAAUCUGCAGCAUCCUUAAAUAAGAUAAGAGUGCUCUGAUUGGGCCCUUUCUCUGUAAAACUGACACAUUUAUGACUGCUUUGGUGUAUUUAAUAAAAUAAAGUCGCAUGCCCAGUUUGAUGAUAUGCAGCCGUUUUUCAGUUUGUUCAGCUUUAUUGGGCUGUGUUUUGAACAAUAAAGUAAAGCUACUUCAAAGAAAAAUGAUGUAACUACCAAGCAAACAAGGAAGGUGGUUCUGACACACCAAAAUUCCCUCCAUGGUAUGUUAAAUUUUGAAUGUCUUUUGUAUUACAUUUCUACCUUUUGUAACUUAUUGCCUUAAACAAAAAUUAUUGGUGUUCUUUCUGGUUGCUUGUUUUCAGCAUGCAACAGCAUGUAUCCAACCUGAAGCUCAAAUGCUUGUGGCUCUUCUGUUGAAAGACUCAAACUUUGUUCAUUGGUGUGGUAGGAUUCAUGCCUUGCAGUAAUUAGGAGACACUGGAUAUGUUGUAAAUAUUACAUGGGGAAAAAACAGCUUGGCUGUUCAUUCUGUUACUGACACAUUUAUAAAUUUAAAUUUUUAUACACAUUUUUAGAAACUGUAUUUUUACUAUUUGGGUCAAUAAAGUUUUCAAUAUUGUAAAA